AGUGAAAAACGCGUGAAAAAACUUUUUUCUCUCUCUUCCAGUCGCGACUCUUAGGGCGAUUCUCUCUUUACCCUAAUUGGCCGCCGCCGCCGGUCGGCCUUUCGCCGACAGGUGAGAAUUUCCGAUGGGUCGCCACAAGCGGUCCAACCAUAGACCUCCUCCGACAUCAAAGUUUGCCCGCGUUGCUGCAUCCAUUUCGUCCACCGCGUCUUCUCUUCCAACGGCGAAGCUCCCUGCUUCGUCCGCCGCUCCUUGUGACAGUUCUGUCGCUCCAUCUCUUUCAUCCGCUGCUCAGGUCGAGACCAAGGGCUCUGUUCCCUCGCCUCCCUCAGCUUUGAUUCCUGUCUCGUCUGUUGGCUUACCGGCGUCUGAGAUCUCCUCCGCCGGCCCUUCUUUAGUUCCUUCCGACAGAUCCGCCGCUCCUUCUCACUCCUCCGCUGCUCAGGUCGAGACUAAGGGUUCCGUACCCUCGCCUCCCUCAGUACACGUCACAGGCUCCUCAGUUGGCACCCCAGCGUCUGAGAUCUCCUCCGCUGGCCCUGCUUUUGCGUCUCCUGGAACCUCUCCCGUCGCUCCUCUCGCCGGAUCUGCUGGCUCUCACCAAUUACUCGGUUCAUUGGUCGAGGUCAAGGGACCAGUUGCUCCUAUUAAGAUAACGGUGUCUGAGAUUUCCUCCACUGUUGUUGUAAUAUCUCCUCCUGCAAACUCGCCUCAACCCACAACUAGCCUGCCUUCUACUUCAGUUGUCAACCCUACACAAGUGAAUGGUACUUCCACCACAAAUGCAAGUCUUCCUUGGGCACAGAAGUUUAAGGCUUCUCUUCGGAAUCUAAAGCAAAUGUCCUCUCCCACCUUCCUCGACGAUGGUACUCCGGUUGUUAUCGCGCCUCCUUCAGUUCUCCUUAAGACGGCUGAGUUGUGGAAGGGCCACUUGGUUGCUCAGUUUCACGGCCUUUGCCCUCCAGCCUCGAGGAUUUUAUCGGAUCUAAACCCAAUUUGGGGAAGAUACGGGAACAUCACGGUUAGGCUGAUUUCUGACACGGCUUCCCUCAUAUUCAUUCCGUCAUUAGCCACAAGGGAGUGGGUGGUGGAUGUAGGGUUCUGGCAAGCUGGUAACUGCUCUUGCACAGUUUACCCUUGGUCUCCAGAUGGCCCUUUACAGCUUGAAGAGCUAAAAUUUGCUCCGACUUGGGCAAUCCUUAGAAACGUUCCUCCACAGCUUUACUCCCUUGAUGGUAUCAGUGUCAUUGCUAGUGGAAUCGGCGAGCCUCUGCACACAGAGAAGUCAAGGUUAGAUCCCAUCAAUAUGGGCAUCACGAAAGUGAAGGUUGUCAUCAAUCUGGAAUCUACUCUCCCAACUACAGUCAUUGUUAGGGAUGUUCAGGGUAACACUUCUCGGGUCGCGGUUGAAUAUCCAAGACCUCCUCCUCAUUGUACCAACUGUGGCAGAUAUGGUCACCUGUUGAGUAGAUGUCCAAAGCCCCUCUUGAAGAAGUCUCCCUUUAAGAAACCCAUUCACUCUGGGUUAAAUGUGGUUGACCAUCCCACAAUCAAUUUACCUCCGGAUCCUCUGCCUAAGGGAGCUAAUGGCGUUACUCAGUCUGUUGGAGACUCUGUUGUUGUCUCUAAACCCAAAAGACGACGAUCUCGUUCUAGUAAGCGUUCAAGAAGCACUCCCCCCAGAAUUUAUGAACUUCCUCCCUCGGGGUUGAUUCAAGAGUUGUCUGUUAGUACUCUUACUAAAGGGAAACAGAAGGCAAUUGUGGUUGGGGCUGGUGGUUGUAAAGCUUCUAUCCCUCCAGUGUGUUCUACUUCUUUCUCGCCUGCUACUACUUCUGCUAGUUCUCUUGAAAAAGCUUCGGUUCCAAACAAGGAUGAUGAGGAUCAUUUGGAGUGCCUGGAGUUUAUGUUCCCAUCCGAGGCCAGCCCUCGAGUGGGACAUCUGAUCUUUGAAAGCUGUGCUUUCACACCCCUCUACAAGUUUUUAAUGAGGGUCUUUUGUUGGAAUAUAAGAGGCUUGAAUAGCCAAGGCCGCCAGAGAAUGGUCAGAAGUUGGGUUGCUUCUAACAACCUUCUAGUUGGUUGUAUUUUGGAAACUCACGUCACUGAGGCUAAUGCUCCUUUUGUAUUAGCUUCUACCUUUCCGGGAUGGCGUUCGGAUAAUAAUUAUUGUUGUUCUGAGUUGGGGAGAAUGUGGAUAGUUUGGGAUCCCUCCGUCUCAGUUUUGGUCUUCAAGAAGACAGAUCAGUUGAUCCUUUGCAGCGUUAAGUUGCCAAAUGUUUGCAGAUCGUUUGCGGUCGCUUUUGUUUAUGGGAGAAGCACUCCAACUGAGAGAAGGUUGUUGUGGCAAGAUAUUUCUUUUUUGUCUUCGUCCUCUCCCUUAUCCUAUACUCCUUGGGCUUUAUUGGGAGAUUUUAAUCAGAUUGCGUCCACCAGUGAACACUACUCGGUCAUCCCGGCCUCUUUCCCACUCUCGGGCAUGGAAGAUUUCCAGUCUUGUCUUAGGGAUAAUGAUCUCGAUGAUAUUCCUAGCCGUGGUGUUUUCUUUACGUGGUCUAACCAUCAACAAGACAACCCCAUUAUCAGAAAGUUGGACAGAGCUUUAGCUAAUGGCGAGUGGAUGACAGACUUCCCUCAUUCUAUGGCAGUCUUCGAUCCUCCGGGUGAAUCUGACCAUGCUCCUUGUAUUCUAAACUUAGACAUUCAGCCAGAACGGUCGAAGAAGUGUUUUAGAUACUUUUCAUUCCUUUCCACUCACCCAACUUUCAUCGAUUCUCUAACUGCUGCUUGGGGUUCUUUGAUUCCGGUGGGUUCCUCAAUGUUUUCUUUGGGUGAGCAGUUAAAAGCUGCUAAGAGGUGCUGCAAGAGGCUCAACAGAAUUGGGUUUAGCAACAUUCAACAGAGAACAAAAGAAGCAUUGGCUAACUUGGAAAGCAUCCAGCAAGCUCUUCUUUCUUCUCCAUCUGAUUCUCUAUUCAGGGAAGAACAUGUGGCCAGAAAGAAAUGGGAUUUUUACGCUGCGGCUCUUGAGUGCUUCUAUAAGCAGAAAUCCAGAAUUAAGUGGCUUAAGGAGGGGGACGCCAAUACGAGUUUCUUCCAUCGAGCGGUGCUUGCUCACCAAGCCAAGAACCUUAUCUCUUAUCUUAGAGACGAGAAUAAUGACAAGGUUGAGAACGUGGCCCAGAUCAAAGAGAUGAUCAUUGCUUAUUAUACUCACUUGUUUGGUUCUGAAAGCGAUAUAAGCCAGCCUUAUUCUGUGGACAGAAUUAAGAGUCUCCAGCCCUUCCGCUGUGACUCUGACCUGGCUGCCAAACUUAUUGCAAUUCCAACUGAGGAGGAGAUUACCGCUACUCUUUUCUCAAUGCCAAAGAACAAGGCACCUGGCCCGGAUGGUUUCUCUGCAGAGUUUUUCUGGGAUUCUUGGUUUCCAGGAUGAGAAGGUUGAGGGACAGAUAUAGCAGAAAUCAUCACGGAAAGCAAAUGAGGAAUGUUUGUCUGAACGAGUCGGCUAUACAGUUGGAAAAGGAACAUAACAGCAAGAGGGUUCUUUGUGAUUAUCUUAAAUGACCGGUUACUUGGGUUAACCGGAACAUCAAGGAUCUCAACCAGAAUGUUCCGCAGUUUGUGCUCCGGAUAAUCAAUGAAUAGCGAUUUU